AUGGCCAAAGUCCAGGCGCGAUCCCCGCCUCCAAUAUCCGAUACCGAUUGCGGUCGACAAAAACGUCUGAAGACUAGCCAUUCUUCGUCGACACCAAGCGCGGACAACUCCUCGCGCUUUUACGCAGGACUGCUAGAGGAGAACAGCGUCGAGUUCCUACGAACAAAAUAUACCAAUGGCGAACCAUUCAAAUUCGCCGUAAUCGAAAAACUUCUCCAGGACAACCUGUUACGAGGCGUCAAAGAAGAAUGUCUGAACGAGCUAUCUUUUUCGGAGAAGGAAACAGACAUAUAUAAGGUCAACCAAACAGGCGAUCUUGCAUCGCUUUCCUAUCUCUCAGAGGCUCAACUCGAGUUAUUCCCUAAUCUUCUCUCUUUGCGCGAUGCGCUUUACUCGCAAGAGUUCCGCGAGUUCAUUCAAGCUGUCACUGGCUGUGGCCCCCUUUCAGGAUCAAAGCAGGACAUGUCUGUCAAUUCAUACACGAAGGGUUGUCAUCUCCUCAACCAUGACGACGUCAUUGGCACGCGACGAGUAUCCUACAUCCUUUACAUGCCUAUCCCUUAUGGUCAGGAGUGGAAGAAGGAAUAUGGCGGUGCACUUGAACUUUAUCCCGUCCGUUUGGACGACGACGGCAUUCCGGAGCCUGAAACAAUACCCUCGAAAGCUGUCCCUCCCAGCUGGAAUCAAUUUGUCUUUUUCGAAGUGCAACCUGGGAAAAGUUUUCACUCCGUGGAGGAGGUUGUCAUUGGCGAUGGAGGCUACGCAAGGCUGAGUAUCAGCGGUUGGUUCCAUGCAGCCCAGGAGGGCGAAGAGGGAUACGUCGCUGGGUCUGCACCUCCUGAACAUAAAAGCUCACGCGAGCAACUUACCUCAUGCUCAACUAUCUUUACACAAUACCCUGAGACAUCGGAGACACCACACCCUGAUUCAUCGUUGUCUCCGGAACACACUGCCUUUCUUCUAAAGUUUCUCAACCCAGUAUACCUUCAACUGAGGACGAUGAAAGCACUUAUGGCACGAUUUGUUGCCGAGUCAAGUUUAGAGCUUCACUACUUUCUUUCCGAUACUCUCAUCAGUGAGCUCGAACCCCAGUUACUUGAGGCAGACGCAGCCGAUGGUCUAGGUGGUGUCACUCGGAAUGGUCGUAUUCCACCUCACAGCGCUGGUACAUCAGGGUCGUGGAAUAUUCGAGGUCCUCCACACAAAUGGCGGUACUGCAUUCUCAGAAACACUCAAGAGUCAGAUUCAUCUGAAACAACUCUUGUGCCCGCUGAGAAGAUACUUCGCAAACUGCAGGACGAGCUUCUCCCCAGUACGGCGUUCAGGGCAUGGCUCAGCGCGUUAACAAGGCUAAUCAUAUUGAGCUAUUCGGUGGAGGCUCGAAGGUUCAGACCCGGUCUGGACUACACACUUGCAACAAGCGAAGCAACUGAUGCGCGACUUGACGUCGUGUUGGGUUUAACCCCGCAUGUCAAGAACGAGCAAAGUAGGAAAGGCAAGGGUAAAGCUAAACCAGAGGAUGAAGAACCGUUUGGCUGGCAAACUGGCGAAUGGGGUGGGUGGGAGUGCUACAUGGCACCUCACGGCGAGGAGGAUGAUCCUGCCGUUUACCGCUCAGGUUCAAGCAAGAAGGCGGAAUCAAAAAAUGCACCCAAGUCAAUGGUUGCACAGAAGCAGCAGGAUGAAGACAUGGAUGACGAAGAACAAGACGAUGCCGACGUAGAGGAAAGUGGUGAAGAUGGUACAUUGUUGACCAUCCAGCCGAACUUCAAUUGUUUGUUGCUUGUACUUCGUGACGAAGGCGUUCUGCGUUUCGUCAAGUAUGUUUCAGCUGCUGCCGCGGGUUCUAGGUGGGAUGUCUGUGGUGAGUUUGAGAUCGGUAUGGUAGAGGGUGACGAGGAUGAGGAACAGGAGGAUUGA